AUGCGGUAUGACGUCCUGUUCAGGUCUCCGCUGCGUUUGAGGCCUGCAGUUGGCUCAUCGGCCCUCUGGACUGGGUACUGGUGCUCCAUCCACGCGGAAGACCUCGCAGUGCGCGAGGUGGUCUUGACCCAUCACCGCAGCGUCAGCGAUGUCCGCUACAAAACAUCUGGUGUUUAUGCGCCAUCGCAAUUUGCAACGGUAGGACUUCACGACUUUUGGUUCGCAGCCUCCUCACGAAGCAUGGAUGUCUUCGCCUCCUGGGGCUCCGCAGUGCCCGCACUGCGCGCGCACUUCGGCCUUGUGUCUGCUGAUCUGCCUGUGGAUGUGGGGCAUUUCUAUACCUUCUUGCAUGCGAAGUCUUUGGGGCUCCCGUUGGAGUUCACAGGCAUCAGUUACGUCGACUUCACGCUCGUGCGAUACCGCGACUGCAAGCUUCUGGUCGGAGAGCAGAUCCAGGACCCAGACCAAUACUGCAGCCACUGGGAGAUCAGUAUAGCAAGGCAGUGCUCGUCCUGGCUGCCGCAGCCGCGGGGUUGGGCCAUGCAGUACUGCCCGCUGGCCGGGAAGCGCGCAGAACUCGCGCCUUUUGGCAGCGGAUGCGGUCGCUUCUGA